AUGGAAACUAUUAUCGCCCAUGUCCGUGAAGGAAAUCUUCACGAAGUAAAAUUAUGGUUAGACGACAUAGAAAAUGAUGUGAAUCAAGGAGAUGAACAUCGAUUCAGUCUUUUACACUGGGCUUCUCGUGAAGGACAAAGAAAUAUAGUUGAUUUAUUAGUUCUUCGUGGAACUCGAAUUAACGCUACAAAUAUGGGUGAUGAUACAGCAUUACACUUAGCCGCUGCUCAUGGACAUUUUGAUGUUGUACACUAUUUGCUAAAUUCUCAUCGUUUGAAUGUGGAUGCUGCAAAUGAACACGGAAAUACAGCUUUACACUAUGCCUGUUUUUGGAAUCAUUUGGAGAUAGCUGAGUAUUUGAUCAAAAAUGGAGCCUGUCUUAUGCAAGAGAAUAAAUAUGGAGAGACUCCAUUAGAGUUGAUUCGUCCUCGUGCAGCUGCACUCAUUGCUCCAUUAGCUCAAGCUUUAGGUCAUGAUUUAUCACGUCGUCGACCUUUCCGGGAUACAAGUUGGAUUGGUACAAAGACACGAGCUCGAGAUGCUACUCUUUAUCGUUUAGAAGGUGAAUCUUGGGAUCCUCGAGAAGUAGAACUUACAGGUGCUUUAGCUGAUGGACAUGGUGCUGAAGUAUUGAAAGGAUCAUUUAGACGAUGUCCUGUAGUUGUAAAGAUGUUAAAAUUACGAAAUUGUUCAACUCGACAGGCACGUGAUUUUAAAGAUGAAUUCCCAAAACUGCGAAUCUUCAAUCAUCCUAACAUUCUGCCUGUAUUGGCUAUUUUCACUGCUACACCACGUCUUUGUCUUGUUAGUGACUUUAUGCAAUAUGGUAGUCUUUUCGAUGUUUUACAUCAACCAUCAGAAGCCAAUAUGAAUGGUGCUACAGAAAUAAGUCAUCGACAAGCCUUACGAUUUGCAGUAGACAUUGCUAAAGGUAUGGAGUUUCUGCAUUCUCCUGAAUUGAAAGUACCUAAUUUUCGUUUAAACUCAAAACAUGUAAUGGUAGAUGAAGAUAUUGCUAAAAUUGGUAUAUGGGAUAGUGAAGUUACUUCACAUGGACAAAAUAUGCAGUCACCAUCAAUUGCCGAUGAAUCAUUAAUUGCUCGUUUGGAUAUGGCAGAUUAUAAGUUUACCUUUCAUGAAAAAGCUCGAGAAUACAAUCCAGCUUGGAUGUCUCCUGAGUCAUUGCAAAAAAAGGCUAGCGAAAUAAAUCUUGAAGCUUCUGAUAUGUGGAGUUUUGGAAUUAUACUGUGGGAGUUAGCAACUCGAUUAAUACCAUUCGAUGGAAUGAAUCCUAUGGUUAUAGGAAUGAAGAUCACAACAGAGAAUCUUCGUCUUCCAAUUCCACCAAAUUUAGACAAUCGAAUUCUACGCCUAUUUGAUUUAUGCACUAAAGAUGAUCCUGGUAAACGUCCAAGAUUUGAUGUCCAGUUGAUUCAACUAUUAGAUAAAAUGCGUGAACGUGCUGGACAAUAA